GAGUGGGGGAGAGAGAGGAGACCAGGACAGCCGCUGAGACCUCUAAGAAGUCCAGAUACUAAGAGCAAAGAUGUUUCAAACUGGGGGCCUCAUUGUCUUCUACGGGCUGUUAGCCCAGACCAUGGCCCAGUUUGGAGGCCUGCCCCUGCCCCUGGACCAGACCCUGCCCUUGAAUGUAAAUCCAGCCCUGCCCUGGCCUGUGAAACCAGCCCUGCCCUUGAGUCCCACAGAUCUUGCAGGAAGCUUGACAAAUGCCCUCAGCAAUGGCCUGCUGUCUGGGGGCCUGUUGGGCAUUCUGGAAAACCUUCCGCUCCUGGACAUCCUGAAGCCUGGAGGAGGUACUUCUGGUGGCCUCCUUGGGGGACUGCUUGGAAAAGUGACAUCAGUGAUCCCUGGCCUGAACAACAUCAUUGAUAUAAAAGUCACUGACCCCCAGCUGCUGGAACUUGGCCUUGUGCAGAGCCCUGAUGGCCACCGUCUCUAUGUCACCAUCCCUCUCGGCAUAAACCUCCAAGUGAAUAUGCCUCUGGUCGGUACAAGUCUGUUGAGGCUGGCUGUGAAGCUGAACAUCACUGCAGAAAUCUUAGCUGUGAGAGAUAAGCAGGAGAGGAUCCACCUGGUCCUUGGUGACUGCACCCAUUCCCCUGGAAGCCUGCAAAUUUCUCUGCUUGAUGGACUUGGCCCCCUCCCUAUUCAAGGUCUUCUGGACAGCCUCACGGGGAUCUUGAAUAAAGUCCUGCCCGAGUUAGUUCAGGGCAACGUGUGCCCUCUGGUCAAUGAGGUUCUCAGUGGCUUGGACAUCACCCUGGUGCAUGACAUUGUCAACAUGCUGAUCCACGGACUACAGUUUGUCAUCAAGGUCUAAGCCUUCCAGGAAGGGACCUGGCCUCUGCUGAGCUGGGUCUUCCCCCAACAGAACUAUUUCUUGAUGCUCAAUCCAUUCCCUCUGGCCCAGCUUCCCAGUGCUCACAGAUGGCUGGCCCAUGUGCUGGAAGAUGACACAGUUGCCUUCUCUCCGAGGAACCUGCUCCCUCUCCUUUCCCACCAGGCGUGUGGGUGCAACAUCCCACGUGCCUCACCUAAUAAAAUGGCUCUUCUUCUGCAUCA